AUGCGACUCAUUGAUGGAGCAGUGGAGGACAGUGGACGAGCUGCUCGAUCAGUGUACAGAGAGCCACGCCACGCCACGCCAUGCCACGCCACGCCACGCCACGCCUCACCGCGCCAUGCCACGCCGUGCCACGCCACGCCUCGCCACGUCUCACCGCGCCGCGCCACGCCAUGCCACGCCAUACCUCGCCACGCCUCAAAGCGCCUCGCCACGCCAUGCCACGCCUCGCCACGCCACGCCACGCCUCACCGCGCCACGCCACGCCACACCACGCCUCACCGCGCCAUGCCACGCCGUGCCACGCCACGCCUCGCCACGUCUCACCGCGCCGCGCCACGCCAUGCCACGCCAUACCUCGCCACGCCUCAAAGCGCCUCGCCACGCCAUGCCACGCCUCGCCACGCCACGCCACGCCACGCCUCACCGCGCUACGCCACGCCACACCACGCCUCACCGCGCCAUGCCACGCCGUGCCACGCCACGCCUCGCCACGUCUCACCGCGCCGCGCCACGCCAUGCCACGCCAUACCUCGCCACGCCUCAAAGCGCCUCGCCACGCCAUGCCACGCCUCGCCACGCCACGCCACGCCACACCACGCCUCACCGCGCCACGCCACGCCACACCACGCCUCACCGCGCCAUGCCACGCCGUGCCACGCCACGCCUCGCCACGUCUCACCGCGCCGCGCCACGCCAUGCCACGCCAUACCUCGCCACGCCUCAAACUUCCUGCUGCAACAGGAGCCAGUUGCCCUCGGCCAUGGCUGCCGGGAUCUGAACAAGGAAACGAGCAGCUAUUGCCUGCAGGUCCUGCUGCAAGGCUGCCGUGGCGCAGUCGUCACUUGA